AAAAUCCCUGGAUUUUGUCUACAUAAUAAAAAUGUAAAUUAAUUUUUAUAUUUUUAUCACAUUAAUUAAAUAUGUAAUUGUUAAAUAAUUUUAAUAACUAUUCAAUAAAGAUUAUAAAGAUAAAUAAAUUACUUAAUAUUUUUAUAUUAAAAUAAAUCUUUUUUUUUGUGAUUUUAUAAGUUUAUAAAUUUUCAUGAAAAUGAAAUAAGAUAUAAAUAGCUACAUUGUUUAGCAAAUUAUGUCAUAAUAUAUAUAUUAUGAGUUAUAGUUAGAAAUAAAGAUAAGUAUGUACGAAGAUUAUACAUUUUAAUAUAUAAAAUGUUAAAUCAAUCUGGUUUAAAUAUUUAUUUAUAAUAUUUAAAUUUUGAUAAAAUUUACUUUACUUUAAAUUUAAAUUAUUUAUAAAUCUGUUACGAACAUUUUUUUUUUCAUAAUAUUUAAUGUUUUUAAUGUUAUUCUUAGAAAUUGAUGAUUAUAGAAUAUAAUUAUUAUUUUAAAUGUUAUACAAUUUUUUUAAAUUUUGAAUUUAAAAAUAUUUAAUUUUUUUUAAAUAUUCGAAUUAUAUCAUAUCUUUAUUAUAGCUUUUACAGUUAUAAUAAUAUAGCUUUAUUAUAGCUUAUUAAUUAUAGUUUCAUUAAUAUAUUUAUUAAUUAUAAAUUAUAAUUAUAAUUUCAUUUAUAUAAUUAUUUUGUUUUUAUAUAUAUAUAUUAAUAAAUUUUUAUUUUAAAUAUGUAAUAGAUUUUAUAUAAGUGCUAUAACAUAUUGUAUGAAUAUUUUCAUGUAUAAUUUCAUUAUAAUAACUUAAAUAUAAUAAUACUAAUAUACGAUUAAUAUUAAUUAAAAUUAGCAAAUUAAAGAUAUUAUUUUCGAAUGAUUAUUAUAUAUCAUUUUUGUACAUUUAAGUUUCUUUUUUUCAUUUUUGAAAAGAAACAAUAAUAAAAUUUACAACGAAUUUCAAUGAUUUGAAUGUAUAAUGAAAGAUCGAAUAUAAACAGUUGAGAAACACUGAAGAUUAUAGUGACGAUACGAGAAACACAUUGAAAGACAUUUGUCAGUCAUCGUCGUGAAAGCGAUUGUUGGCUAGGCGGAUUGUUGUGAUGAUCUGCUUGAUUAAACGUGAACAAUGUCCAAUCUUUUACGAAGUCUGGUUUUCGGAGUAUUCCUCAGUCUCGCGAAUACCAGCGUGUCUCACCCAUGGUAUGAAACUUUACCCGCGGUGGCCUUAGAUUACAAAGUUCAUAUUGAUGCCGGAAAAGAAGAUUGUUACUUUCAAUAUGUUAAUGCUGGAGCUACUUUUUAUGUAAAUUUUCAGGUAGUACGUGGUGGAGAUGGAAAAGCUGGUUUUGCAGUAAGAAAUCCAGAUGGAAUAAUAGUUCAUCCUUAUCAAUGGCUUCCUAAUUCAGAUUAUCAAGAUACUGUGAAAAAUGCUGGUUAUUACAGUAUUUGUAUAGAUAAUCAAUUUUCCAGAUUUGCUUCAAAAUUAGUUAAUUUAUAUAUCACAGUGAUUAGAUACGACGAAUGGGACAAAUAUACAAGAGAAUUGGAAGAAUUAAAUCUUUCUGUGGAAAACUUUACGUCUGCAAUAACAAAUGUGGAGAGAAAUAUUAAUGAAAUGCUCCAAACUCAACAUUUGAGCAGAAGUAAAGAAGCCAGAGACUUAAAUUUGUUAUUAGAUAACAAUUCUUAUGUUCAAACAUGGUCAAUUGCACAAAUAAUUGUCAUAUUGGUAACAACAACAGUACAGGUAUAUUUUGUAAGAAAAUUAUUCGAAGUGAAACCAUCUAGAUAUUCUAGAGCAGGUAUAUAAAUAUAAUUGACGUAUAUGUAUUACAUAAAAAUGAACAUGCUCAAUGAAGAUACGAUUUUUUUAUCAUAGUGAAUAAAAAAUUUAUCUAAUUUCUCAUUUAAAAAUAUAACAUCUCUUUAUCCAAGAGAUUUAUUUAAUAUCGGUAUUUUUAAUGUCAGGUAGCAAUAUUCUUUUUUCUUGUCAGAAAAAACUGAAAAGUCUGCCUUUCAAGACUGUAUUAUAUCAUAUUUACAUAUUCCAUCUUAUAUUAUAAUUAUGUACGUUUGUUUUAUAUUCUCAAGUUUUUAGUGAAAAAGUAUAAAUUAUAUUUAUGAAUCAAUGAGAUUAUAUAUUAAGAAACAUUUAUAGUAUUUAUAUUAAAAUAAUAAAAAAGAAAUAGUUUUGUUAUUAA